AUCCAGGCUGCCAAAAAUAAAACAAUUGACGGAGAGAUGGAGGAAGACGACAAAGUAAGGAUUUCCAAGAAAUGGCUUCAACAACUAUCAAGGGGUGUAGGUAGCCCUGUGGAUGUCUCCACUUCACAGAGCUUACAAGUUAUUCAUGCACAAAAGGGUAUUAUGCGGUGCUGUUUCGUCGUCUCAGAAAGACUAACGGAUGGUAAUGGAAACUGGCAUGUUGGAGCCAUGGCUACGCUAAUAGACAAUAUUGCAGGAGCUACGGUGCACUCAUUUGCUGGCCAAAUUAGACCAACUCUCGAUUUCAGCAUGUCAUAUUAUUCAUCUCCAAAAGUUCAAGAAGAAGUAGAGAUAGAGGCAAAGGUGGUCGGAGAGAAGGCAAAGCUAACAUCUGUGUUGAUAGAAAUCAGGAAGAAGGAAAAUGGAGAAGUAAUUGGUUUAGGGAAGCAAUGGACGGCUUCGAACAAUUAUGCAGGCAGAGGAAGUGAACUGUGGACGGCUUUAAAUGGCAACCAUAAUGCUAGCUCAGCAAGAAGCAAGCUUUGAUCCAGCAACCUCACUACAAUAAA